UGAAGUCAUGCCUCGAAAUUGAAAAGGAAGUUGAGCCAGUUUGAGAUAAUAUUGUCAGAAGGGUAAAACCGUUAUAGAACCAAACCGAAAGGAAAGGGGGGGAGUGCACAUGCUCCGAAAUCAAGAUGACGAAGAAUACAAAGAUUUAACCAACUAAGAGGUUGGUGGCUUUUAUAAAACAUGGAUUAUCAGAUUGUUAAACAAUACAAUAAAAAUACAUUCAUAUUAUUAAUUUGAUUACACUUACCAAAACACGGAUCCAUCGUGGACUGUUUGAAGUGCGGGAAUCAGACAGAGGGUAAAAUGACAUCUCAAAUAGCGCAGGUGUUGCUGACACUGGACGCUGAGGCAGUCAACUCACUCAAAGAGGGAAUCAACUUUAAGAAAAACCCAGAGGAAGGUAAAUGCUACAUCAUAUACAAGAGCAGCAAUGAACUUAAAGCAUGCAAGAACCAAUGCAAACACCAAGGAGGGUUGUUCAUUCAAGACAUCGAAGACCUGGACGGCAGGACUGUUAAAUGCACAAAACACAACUGGAAAUUAAAUGUAUCAACAAUGAAAUAUGUGAAUCCACCAGACAGCUUCUUGCAGGACGAGCUCGAGGUGGAGAUGUUGGAUGAUGGGGGGCUUCAGUUGGUCGAGUUGAACCCCAUGGACCCCUGGUUGGCUGAUCCUCGAGAGCCUCUGGAUCUCCAGGAAGGAGAAGUGAAAGUGACGUACCUGACCCAUGCCUGCAUGGAGCUGCAGCUGGGACAGAGGCGGUUCAUGUUCGACCCAUGGUUGAGGGGUCCCGCAUUUGCCAGAGGCUGGUGGCUUCUCCAUGAGCCUCCAGCCGACUCUCUGGACAGACUGUGUGCAGCAGAUCUCAUCUACAUCAGCCACAUGCACUCUGACCACCUCAGCUACCCCACACUGAAGGUCUUGUCAGAGAGGAGGCCAGAUGUCCCCAUUUAUGUUGGUGACACAUCAAGACCUGUCUUUUGGUAUCUGGAGCAAAGCCAAGUCAAGCUUACCAACAUCAAUGUUGUUCCUUUUGGUGUCUGGCAAAAUGUUGAUGAACACCUGAGAUUCAUGAUCCUGAUGGAUGGUGUACAUCCUGAAAUGGACACCUGCAUCAUUGUUGAAUAUAAAGGCCACAUGAUCCUGAACACCGUGGACUGCACCAGACCAAACGGUGGCCGGCUGCCACAGAAGGUGGACUUAAUGAUGAGUGACUUUGCCGGGGGAGCAUCUGGAUUCCCCAUGACAUUCUAUGGAGGGAAAUACAGCGAUUCUUGGAAGGCAGACUUUAUCAAGAAUGAAAGGAAGAAGCUGCUAAAUUACAAAGCUCAGCUGGUGAAGUCCCUGCAGCCCAGGAUCUACUGCCCGUUUGCUGGCUAUUUUGUGGAGGCUCAUCCAUCAGACAGAUACAUCAAGGACACAAAUAUUAAAAACAAAGCAGAGGACCUGAAUGCUCUCAUCAAUAAGCUCACCUCAGAUGUUAAGACAUGGACACCCAAGCCAGGCAGUGUCCUGGACCUCGGCCUCGCUCUGAGAGACCCCACUGACAGUGAGGCCAUCACCAAUCCCCCAGCCAGUGCAAAAAUCUACAAGGACAGUUGGGAUUUCGACUUGUAUGUGGAUGAACUGAACAGCGCCAUCAGCUGUGAGAUAUUUAAACAUCAAAGCUGGAUCCAGUUUUAUUACACCUGGGCAGGCUUUCAAAACUACAACCUUGUUAUGCGGGUGAUAGAGACAAAUGACAACUUUGAACCCCUCGGUGAUGGCUACGACUACUUGGUGGACUUUUUGGUUCUGUCGUUUCCCACCAAAAGGCCUGAAAGAGAGCACUCCUACAUAGAGAUUAAAAACAGGAUUGGGGUGAUGAGACACGUGGUGAUGCACGGCCGUCUCUGGGAUGACCUGUACAUCGGCUUCCAGAACCAAAUAAGCCGAGACCCGGACAUAUACCACCACAGGUUCUGGAACCACUUCCAGACAGAGCUACCAGUUCAAAAGCCAGACUGGGACCAGUUCCUGCAGCAGAAGAUGUCAAUCCAGGAGCCUGACAUGCAACAAGAGCAGUCAGAUAUUUGGAGCUACUGUGUCGUGUUAUGAGUAUGGAUUAUUUACGUACACCUGUGGAAGAUCGAGAAAUAUAUUUUUGUUUAUGGAUAAUUUACAGUUUUUAUUUUCAUGCAAACCAGAUCAUUUUCAUAAAUGAGAUUGCACUAUGAUUAUGCAAUUGAAGGGUGAAACAGAAAGAUGUACAAAUACACAAAAAACAUUUGUAUCUUUAAAGUGACAAGUUGAGUUAUGAAGGAAAUGAUGUCGUAACUGCCCUUUAUGACAGCUGAAUAGUCACCUCUCAGUAAGCGGUUAUGCAAUGCACAGAUAUGUCUAGGGCUUUUAUUGUAAAUGGUGCAAAGAGCGAAGAAGUCAAGUGCUAAAGCAAACGUGAUCAGAAUAAAUAUGGGUUCAAAUUAGGAAGUUUGAUGUUGUUAUUUUAUUAUGAUCACAGUGCACCUUAUAACCCUCUGUUAUGAGAUUUAUGAAUGUCAAAAUGUUUGUUCUGAGUCUUUUCUGUGACCCACAAACAACUUUAUCUACAAUGCACUAAUGCUUUAUGUUGCUGGGAAUCCUGGUACAAUAUCUUUAUUAAUCAGGGGAACAAGAUUUACCGUGCGCUGCUAAUAGUAAAAAUAACAAAAAUCAUCUUUAUGUUUGAUGUCAUCCAAUAAGUGCUCCUUAUACAAUCAACCAAAGCCUCCCCACUCCCUCCUUUGUCUCUGACUGUAUUCAAAAAGUAUGAGUGUGUCAGAUUUCAGCGAAAGGUCACUGUUGUUUAACACUGUGAGUUUUGUGUGUUGUUCCAGGAAAAGUCAGCAGAUCUGUAAGUUGUUCUACACUGUAAAUGUCACCUGUUAUUCGUUUUUGUUUAUUCCAGGUUGAGGCAGUUUUACAAGUAUUGUAACAUUCUCGUAUGAUCUGUUCUCAUCUAACUACAGAAUGAUUCAUUCCAAGUGACUGCAACACAAUGUAUGCACUAUGUAAAACUACAUUUACACAGUAAUAUAUGUUUCUUUAAUGCUUCAUUAAAUAAAAGAGAUUAAUAAAUAAAAAUUAUUGUUUGUUUCACUGGCCAUUACUGUGAA